AUGCGAACAUAUCAUGGAAGUACUGAGCGAACAUGUAUAGAAGCACUAGAUGAAUGUUGGGUCGAAUGUUUAAUGAAAACACCAUAUGAACGUAUCAUGGAAGCUCCAGGUGAACAUGUAAUAGAAGCACUAGGUGAACAU